AGCGGGGCAUUGUGGGAAGCGCCCGCGCUUUCGCGGGUUCCGUGAAAAUGGCGCCCUUGUCGCCGGCGGCGCCCGCGCCUUAACCCGUCUGGAGCCGGGAGCCCGCAGGGCCGGGGAGGGUGCCGCGGCGGUCCCUGUGCGCGGCACGGAGGCAGCAGACUGGCUAGGGUCAGAGACUCCGCCGGGGCACCCCGCGCGCAGUUCCGGAGCGAGGAUGGCGACCCCGGACCAGAAGUCGCCAAACGUUCUGCUGCAGAACCUCUGCUGCCGCAUCCUAGGCAGGAGCGAAGCUGAUGUAGCCCAACAGUUCCAGUAUGCUGUUCGAGUUAUUGGCAGCAACUUUGCCCCAACUGUUGAAAGAGAUGAAUUUCUAGUAGCUGAAAAAAUCAAGAAAGAACUUAUUCGACAGAGAAGAGAAGCAGAUGCUGCAUUAUUUUCAGAACUCCACAGAAAACUUCACUCACAGGGAAUUUUGAAAAACAAGUGGUCAAUACUCUACCUCUUGCUGAGCCUUAGCGAGGACCCACGCAAGCAGCCAAGCAAGGUUUCUAGCUAUGCUGCGUUAUUUGCUCAAGCAUUACCGAGAGAUGCUCAUUCAACUCCCUACUACUACGCCCGGCCUCAGAGCCUCCCCCUGAGUUACCAGGACCGGAGCGCCCCGUCAGCCCCGAGCUCUGGCAGCAUGGGCAGCAGCGGCAUCAGCAGUGUCAGCCUGUGCGGCCUCAGUGGCCCAGCACCAACGCCACAGCCUCUCCUUCCGGGACAGUCUCAUCAAGCUCCUGGGGUAGGAGAUUGCCUUCGACAGCAGUUGGGGUCACGGCUUGCGUGGACUCUAACUGCAAAUCAGCCUUCCUCACAAACCACUACCUCAAGAGGUAUCCCAAACACUGUUUCUCGGAACAUGACACGGUCAAGGAGAGAAGGGGACACGGGUGGCACUAUGGAAGUUACUGAAGCAGCUCUGGUAAGGGACAUUCUGUAUGUCUUCCAGGGCAUAGAUGGCAAAAACAUAAAAAUGAGCAACACUGAAAAUUGUUACAAAGUAGAAGGAAAGGCAAACCUAAGUAAAUCUUUGAGAGAUACAGCAGUCAGACUUGCUGAGUUGGGAUGGUUACAUAAUAAAAUCAGAAAAUACACUGACCAAAGGAGUCUGGACCGUUCCUUUGGACUUGUUGGUCAGAGCUUUUGUGCUGCCUUGCACCAAGAACUCAAAGAAUACUACCGAUUACUCUCUGUUUUACAUUCCCAGCUGCAGCUAGAGGAUGAUCAGGGUGUGAAUUUGGGACUUGAGAGUAGUUUAACACUGCGGCGCCUCCUCGUUUGGACGUACGAUCCCAAAAUAAGACUGAAGACCCUUGCAGCCCUGGUGGAUCAUUGUCAAGGAAGGAAAGGAGGUGAGCUGGCCUCGGCCGUCCAUGCCUACACGAAAACAGGAGACCCGUACAUGCGGUCCCUGGUGCAGCACAUCCUCAGCCUUGUGUCUCACCCCAUCCUGAGCUUCCUCUACCGCUGGAUAUACGAUGGGGAGCUUGAGGACACAUACCAUGAAUUUUUUGUAGCAUCAGACCCCACAGUUAAAACAGAUCGACUGUGGCAUGACAAGUAUACUUUGAGGAAGUCCAUGAUUCCUUCGUUCAUUACGAUGGAUCAAUCUAGGAAGGUCCUUUUGAUAGGAAAAUCAAUAAAUUUUUUGCACCAGGUUUGUCAUGAUCAGACUCCCACUGCAAAGAUGAUAGCUGUGACAAGGUCUGCAGAGUCACCCCAGGAUGCUGCAGACUUAUUCACAGACUUAGAAAAUGCGUUUCAGGGGAAAAUUGAUGCUGCUUAUUUUGAGACGAGCAAAUAUCUACUGGAUGUUCUCAAUAAAAAAUACAGCUUGCUGGACCACAUGCAGGCAAUGAGGCGGUACUUGCUUCUUGGUCAAGGAGACUUUAUAAGGCACUUAAUGGAUUUGCUAAAACCAGAACUUGUUCGUCCAGCUACGACCUUGUAUCAGCAUAACUUGACCGGAAUUCUCGAGACCGCCGUCAGAGCCACCAACGCGCAGUUUGACAGUCCCGAGAUUCUGAGGAGGCUGGAUGUGAGGCUGCUGGAGGUCUCUCCAGGUGACACUGGGUGGGAUGUCUUCAGCCUGGAUUAUCAUGUCGAUGGACCAAUUGCAACUGUGUUCACUCGAGAGUGCAUGAGCCACUACCUGAGGGUGUUCAACUUCCUCUGGAGGGCGAAGCGCAUGGAGUACAUCCUUACCGACAUACGGAAGGGGCACAUGUGCAACGCGAAGCUCCUGAGGAGCGUGCCAGAGUUCUCUGGGGUGCUGCACCAGUGUCACAUUCUGGCCUCGGAGAUGGUGCAUUUCAUCCAUCAGAUGCAGUAUUACAUCACUUUCGAGGUGCUCGAGUGUUCUUGGGAUGAGCUCUGGAACAAGGUCCAGCGGGCCCAGGAUCUGGACCACAUCAUCGCUGCACACGAGGUAUUCCUGGACACCAUCAUCUCCCGCUGUCUGCUGGACAGCAGCUCCAGGGCACUUUUAAACCAACUUAGAGCUGUAUUUGAUCAAAUUAUUGAACUUCAGAAUGCUCAAGAUGCAAUAUACAGAACUGCUUUGGAAGAAUUACAGAGACGAUUACAGUUUGAAGAGAAAAAGAAACAGCAUGAAAUUGAGGGCCAGUGGGGAGUGACAGCAGCAGAGGAAGAGGAGGAGGAGAAAAGGGUUCAAGAAUUUAAGGAAUCUAUACCAAAAAUGUGUUCACAGUUGCGGAUAUUAACACAUUUCUACCAGGGUAUCGUGCAACAGUUUUUGGUGUUACUGACAACCAGCUCUGACGAAAGUCUUCAGUUUCUGAGCUUCAGGUUGGACUUUAAUGAACAUUAUAAAGCCAGAGAGCCAAGACUCCACGUGUCUCUGGGCACCAGGGGACGGCGCAGUUCCCACACGUGAAGCUGCACGGGUCAUCCCAAGGACCUACAAAUGCUACUAAUGUGUUAUUGACGUAAAAAUCUACGUUUUGGUUCUCAAGGCACUGGCAUGCUGCAGGGGGCCACCCUUUCUGCCUGAGAGCACUCCACUGUGUCACUGGCAUGUCGUGUGGUAGAAUCAAGUCAACGUUUUUAUACAGCGGAGUUAAGUAUAUUUGUAAUAUCACUCAGUUAAAUAGGCUGGCUGCAUCAUUCAAAUUUAUUUCUAAUAGUCUUCAUAGUUAAAAAGUACUGUAAUUUGUUGAGACUUUUUAAGCUGUCUGUGAUAUAAUUUAUAUUUGUCAUUUUUAAGAACAUCAGUUUCUUUUAGAGAAAAUUAGGGUGAUGGGAUAUUCAUCAGUUGAGAUGGUAUUAUCAUUGCUAUUUUUUUAACAUCCUCUUCAGAGGCAAUCUUUGUUAAUGUAAUCAAAUUGAAACAAUCUCCCUGCUAAAAAAAUAUAUAGAGCAUUUUAUUUUGGUUUUCUAGUGUUGUAUAAUACCAACAUCUAUUAGAAACUUUGUAUCUUAAUGCAUUACCUUUACACAUAUUUAUUCUUAUGUUCUCUUCUUUCAGAGUUUACAUUUUUAUAUUUCAUUUACUAUUUCAGAUAACUUUUAAAAUAAUAUAGAAAAAAGUAGGAGUGAUGUAGAACAAAAACAUCCUUAUACAGUGCUACCUAAAUUUCUUGAAAACAUCAGCUGACACAGUGUGUACAUAUGAAUGACUAGAAAAAGUUAAUGAAGUAUUUUAUUUUCACAAAACUGAUAAGCAUUGGAAAGAAAUGGACUUGGAUAAUGAACAUUUCCUUUUUCCUUGCCUAUUUUUUCAUUGUAAAUAUUUAUAUACUACUGACCAAAUGUUGGGGGGGAACUGUUUUUUGUAAAAAUGUCAUUAUCAGGUCACAUAAAUCUGCCUUUAUUAUGUUACAUAAGUGAAAAUUUAGAAAAUUAAAAGCAAUUAUCUUUCAGAUUCA